AAGGCCUGGAGGCGGAGAAGGCUGGCACUGACGUCACCAGUCUGGAGGAGAAGAUCAAGAAGCUGCAGAAGCACCAGACGUUCGAGGCCGAGCUUACUGCCAACAAGCCCCGCAUCGCCGAGAUCAAGGACAAGGGUGACAAGCUGCUGCAGCAGAAGCACCUGAGCUCGCGGGAGAUCCGGCAGCAGCUGGACGCCCUGCUGGCCAGCUGGCAGCAGCUGCUGGCCGAGAGCGCCUCGCGCGGACGCGGACUCGAGGAGGCGCAGGACAUCCUCGACUUCAACAACCAGGUCGAAAAGGUCGAGGCCUGGAUCCGAGACAAGGACAUGCUGGUGCAAGCGGCCGAGAUGGGCCGCGACUACGAGCACUGCCAGGCGCUGCAGCGACGGCUCGACGAUGUCGACUCGGACAUGCGCGUCGACGACGUGCGCAUCAAGAACAUGAACGCGCUGGCCGACAAGCUGAUCCGUCAGGGCCAGGGCGACAACCGGGCCGUGCAGCAGAAACGCGACGAGCUCAACCAGAGGUGGAAGUCGCUGCAGGGCGCGCUCUCGUCGUACCGCGAGCAGCUGGCCGCCGCUCUCGAGGUGCACGCCUUCUACCGAGAUCUGGCCGACACUGCCGAACGCAUCCAGGAGAAGGCGCUCUCACUCUCCUCCGAGGAGACGGGCAAGGACCUCGGCUCAGUGGAGGCUCUGCAGCGCAAACAGGAGGCCGCCGAGCGAGACAUGACCGCCAUCGACGGAAAACUCAAGGAGCACGACGCCGAGGCGCGUCGUCUGAUGCAGAAGUACGCGGACCGUGCGGCGCCGAUCCGCGCCCGGCUGCAGGUGGUGCAGGACAGCUGGCGCCGGCUGCAGACCAGCUGCGAGAACCGGCGCACGCUGCUCGCCUCCUCCUACACGCUGCAAAAGUUCCACGCCGACCGCCGAGAGCUCGAGGCCUGGGUGGCCGACAUGAUGAGCCGCAUGGCCGCCAGCCACGACGGCGGGGAUGCAGAGAGGGCCGAGGAGCUGCUGCAGCUCCACCAGGAGCGUAAGGCGGAGAUGGACGGCCGCCAGGAGGCGUUCAAGGCGCUCAAAGACUUUGGCCACAAGCUGGUGCAGGAGCAGCACUACGCGCGUGACGAGGUGGAGACGUCUCUGGCGCAGCUGGAGGAGCUGCGGCGCACGCUGGGUGCCAGCUGGGAGGAGCGCCGCCACCAGCUGACGCAGGCACACCAGCGCCAGCUGUUCGACCGGCAGGCGCAGCAGGCGCACGCCUGGCUGGCCGGCAAGGAGGCCUUCCUCAACAACGACGACCUCGGGGACUCGAUCGCCAGCGUGGAGGCGCUGAUGAAGAAACACAAGAGCUUCGAGAAGACGUUCGCGGCGCAGGCGAGCCGCGUGGACGAGCUGGAGCAGUCUGCGGUGCAGCUGGUGGCCGCCAAACACUACGACUCGGAGGCCAUUCAGGAGACGCUGCAGGCCGUCUGCCAGAGGAGGGACCGUAUCAAGGAGUCGUCGCUGGUGCGCGAGCAGCGUCUGGCCGAGUCACUACAGCUGCAGCGCUUCCUGCGCAACAUCUACGAGUCGGAGACGUGGCUCGGCGAGAAGAUGCAGGUGGCUUGCGACGAGUCGUACCGCGACCCCACCAACCUGCAGUCCAAGAUCCAGAAACACCAGGCGUUCGAGGCCGAGCUGCAGGCCAACGCCGGACGCGUGCUGGCUGUCAACCAGGAGGGUGAGGCUCUGAUGACGGCCGGCCAUUACGCCGGUAUGGAGAUCCAGGCGCGGCUGGACGCGCUGGAGGCGCUCUGGCGCCAGCUGCAGGACGAGACGUCGCUGAAGAAGCGCCGGCUCCAGGAGGCCUACCAGGCGCUACUGUUCCAUCGCACGUUGGACGAGCUGGACGCCUGGAUGGACGAGGUGGAGUCACAGCUGGCCUCCGAGGACCACGGCGACUCGCUGACGGCCGCCGCCAACCUGCUGAAGCGACACCAGCUGCUCGAGGCCGACAUCAACUCGCACGCCGACGCUGUACAGCAGGCGAAGGAGACGGCUGCGCAGUUCGCGCGCUCUCAGCACUUUCAGCGGGAGGAGGUGGCGGAGCGCGCCAACCACGUGGUCAAGCGGUUCGCCUCGCUGGCCGAGCCCAUGCAGAUCCGCCGCGACAACCUGGAGCAGGCCACCCAGCUGCACCAGUUCAUAAGGGACGUGGACGACGAGCUGGGCUGGCUGGCGGAGAAGGAGCCUCUGGUGGCCUCGGAGGACCUGGGCAGCUCCCUGGCCCAGGUCCAGAGCCUCCAGAAGAACCACCAGGCUCUGGAGGCGGAGAUCCAGUCUCACGAGCCGGUGAUCACGGCGCUGGGCAGCCAGGCGCAGCAGAUGAUGCGCGCCAACCACUUUGCGUCUGCGGAGGUGGAGCGUCGCUGGCGGCAGCUGCAGGAUCGGCACGGCCACGUGCGGGACGCGGCCAGCGUGCGGCGGCUAAGGCUACUCGACGCCGCCGAGUCGCAACAGUUCUACGCGGAGGCUGAGGAGGCAGACAAGUGGAUGCGGGAGCGGAAGCCGCUGCUGACCUCCUCGGACACGGGCAAGGACCGGGACGCGGUGACGUCGCUGACCAAGAAACUGGACCUGGUCGAGCGCGACAUCAACAACUACAACCAGGUGAUCGCCAAGCUAUCUCAGCUGUGCCAGCGGCUGUCGGACCGCGCCCAUUUCGACACGGAGCAGAUGCGCGCGCGCCAGGCGCGGCUCGAGGAGCAGUACGCCGAGCUGGUGGGCCUGCUGGAGACGCGCCGGCUGCGGCUCCAGCAGAGCGGCCAGCUGUUCCGCUUCCUGGCCGAGGCGGACGAGGCGGCCGCCUGGGUCUCCGACCAGGAGCAGAUCGCUGCCAGCGAGGACUACGGCAGGGACGUGGAGCACGUCGAACUGCUGAUAAACAAGUUCGAGCAGUUCCUGAGCGGCCUGCAGUCCAGUGAGGAGCGUGUCACCUCUGUGGAGGAGAGCGCCCGACAGCUGGUGGCUGGCGGUCACCCGCAGCCGGAGCGUAUCCUGCAGCGCGCCGCCGACCUGCGCCAGAGCUGGGACGAGCUGCGCGAGCUCACCCAGGCGCGCCAGGAGGCGCUGGCCGGCGCCAAACAGGUGCAUGUGUUCGACCGUGACGCCGACGAGACGAUCGCCUGGAUUGGCGAGAAGGAGGCGGCCAUCUCGACCGACGACUACGGCCACGACCUGGACUCGAUCCAGGCACUGGUGCGCCGACACCAGGGCUUCGAGCGCGACCUGGCCGCCGUCAAGGAGCAGGUGGAGCAGGUGGUGGCCGAGGCCAAGCGGCUGGCCUCCCAGUUUCCCGACGCCCGGGAGCACAUCAGCGUCAAACACGAGGACACAGUACAGGCCUGGAACGAUCUGCUCGACAAGUCGGCCCAGAGGAAGGACAAGCUCGAGCAGGCGGCCAACAUUCAGGCCUACUUCGACGAGUACAGAGACCUCAUGGCGUGGAUUAACGAGCUGCUGGCCAAGAUCACGGCUCCGGAGCUGGCGCGGGACGUGGCGGGAGCGGAGGCGCUGCUGGCCAGACACGCCGAGUACCAGGCCGAGCUGCAGACGCGACAGGACGCCGUCGACGCGUUCAUCAGUCGCGGCCAGGAGCUGAUAUCGAGCGGCCACUUCAUGUCUACCGACAUCCAGGAUAAGGUCAAUGUGCUGGGGGCUCGCAGGGACCUGCUGGCGCAGACCUGGAAGGACCGGCAGGACAUCUACGAACAGAGUCUGGACACUCAGAUUUUCAAGCGCGACGCCGCGCAGCUGGAGUCGUGGCUGGAGACGCGGGAGCCGGUGCUGAACGAUCCGGCCGUGGGCGCCAGCAUCACCGAGGUCGAGGAGCUCAUCCGGCGGCACGACGACUUCCUCAAGACCAUCGAGUCGCAGGAGGACAAGUUCGACGCGCUCCGGCGUACCACACGGCUGGAGGAGGCGUUCGCGCUGAUGCGCCGGCGCGAGGAGGAGGCCCGGGUGGCCGAGCAGAAGCGCCGGGAGGAGGAGCGACUGCGGCAGAUCCGGCAACAGGAGGUCGAUAGGAUCACUAAGGAGCGUCGGUACCUGGAGGUGGAACACGAGGCGGGAGACGCCAGUCCCAGCGCCCAGCGCCGGGAGGCGGCGCGCGCGGGCGCCUCCUCGAGCCCACACCAGUCGCAGGAGAGCCUGAACCACCAGCCCACUCACCGGGCCUCGUUUCCAGACGUGGCCGCCGAGAGGAUGCUGUUGAAGAAUCCCAUGCUUGCUGAAAAGAAGAUGGGGAGCCAGUCAAGUCUUUCUAGUCUUAAGCGAGGUGACGUGAAGCGUGCUGAGAGCAUGAAGACGGAGCCGAAGAAGGCCAAGCGGACGCCGUCGUUCACCACUCGGCGGCGGACGCAGAGUUUCCGCAAGGCCAAGCGUCUGGAGGAGCUGGAGAACCUGCCGCCAGUGGAGAUGGACGGCAUGCUGGAGAGGAAGCAGGAGCUGCAGAGCGGCGGCAAGAAGGCCACCAUCCGCAGCUGGAAACACUACUACACGGUGCUGUGCGGCCAGCUGCUCUGCUUCUUCAAGGACAUGGACGACUUCGCCAACAGCAAGGCGGCGGCACCCCCUCUGAUCCUCUACCAGGCGCGCUGCGAGCGGGCGCUCAACUACACCAAGAAGAAGCACGUCUUCCGGUUAUCGCCGUCGGACGGCUCCGAGUUUCUGUUCGCCGUCUAUAACGAGGAGCAGCUGCAGGAGUGGAUCAACAAGAUCGAGUUUCACGCGCAGCUGCCGCCGUCCCAGCAGCUGCUCAGCUACGAUCGGCAGACGGGUCUGCCCGGCGGCGGGGCAGACGGCGGCAGCUCGUGUAGCAGUGCCGAGCCGUCGCCGGCGCCGGUCCGGCACCGGCACUCGGACCCAGCCGAGCCCGUCUACGCCAACCUGCCGACACCGCAGCAGCGGAGACACACCGGUCAGGAUCCCUCACUGCCGCCCGUGCCGCCGCGCGGAGCCUCGUCCAGCCCGCCGGCGUCGCGGCCACCGCCCUCGACCGCCGGCGCCGCCGAGGGUCCCAUCUACCAGAACCGGGUGUCGGUGCUACCGUCUAUUGAGGUGGACGUUCAGGAGAGGAACGGUGUGCGCCGGCACUCCUCCAACGCGCGACAGUCGUCCCAGAACGAGCCGUCGCCGCCGCCACUGCCGAGCUCGGCGCCGCCCCCCUCGGUCGCCCACCGACUGCAGGGAGGCGUCUCCGCUGUCGACGGAGCGGGUGACGUGCGGCAGCGGUCGCCGCACGGUGACGCCGGCCUGCCACCUGGCGGCGGCGCGCCGCACUACGCCGGCCGGACCGGCUCGCUGCCCUACGGCCAGCAGCCGUCUCCCUCGGGCAGCAACAAGUCGGCCACGCUCGACCAGAGGAACGGCAGUGAGAGUGGCAGCGAGCACGACCAGGACCGGCGCUCGUCCAAGCGCAGCUCCGUGUUCGGAUUCCUGCGUCGCAACAAAAAGGACAAGCAGCCGGCCCAGGUGUAGUCGCCGCCGCCCGCCGCCGGGCCCACCGCCCGCCACCAAUGUAUUGGAAAGUGCAAAUCAACCGCGGAGAGAGAGAUUGAAACGGUAUGCUUGUCCUUGAUGCUUAGUACUCAGUUGUCGAUACGGGCUUGCAAGUUGCCUAUUUAAAUGUUACGCGCGGCUUGCUUAUGAUCGAUCGCCACAUUUUAUGUCGUUCCUGGUUUAAAGAAGCUUACGUCUUUACCUAAGUUGAUUAGUUUGGGUUUGCCAGAGUGAUUUUUGUUUGAGGCGCGCGAGUCGCAUGAUGACGUUUGAGUUGCGAAGACGGAGGUCAAUGAAUACCAAAUACCUGACGUUUGUUGGAUCCGUAUAGAUAUUUAAUUUCCGCUAUACCGUCUCGCACAGUGCCUUCGACUUUGUACAAUACAAUUAGUCAAUUUGCGCAUUCUAUCCUCCAACAAUAUAUAAAUAUAUAUUG